CUGUGAAGAAGAAGAAGAAGAUGAGGGAGGAGGAACGAAGAAGGAAGAAACGAAAGAAUUGGGGAUGAAGAAGAAGAUGGGGAAGAACCUGGUGCGCCGGCGGCUGUGGACUAGAUGCGGCGGCGACGGCUCUGCGACUGUGAAGAAGAGGAGGAAACAAGAAAGAAGAAAGAACAAAUUGGGGAAGAAGAAGUAGAUACAGGAAAAUCUGUGCGGGCUUGCGGCUGCGGCGGCGGUUGUGGUCUCUGGAUGUCUAAAUGUAUUGAUUAACAUGAUCGGUCGUUCUAAAUGACACGUCGUCCUCCUAAGUCGUAACACGUGUCGGCAUUUGUAUGCGUAUCGUGCUUUUUACAACUUUUGCAGAGAAUCCGACAUUUGUGCACCUAUGUUAGGUUAGGCGCCCAAUCAAGGGAAAUGGAAGAAUCAAGAAUGCUGUUCUACCAUGACAAUGUGCUUUCACCGCUACCUCUGCUUCAUUUUCAGCCGCUUGUUUCCAUACUCCAAACCCUCUCAACGAACCUUCUCGAUCGCUUCGCUCUCACUCGCGUGAGUUGGGUGAAGCCGGAGCACCAUCUAUCUCAUCAUCCGCCCAAAGGAAGCUUUGUUUCUUAUUUUGCUAGAGAGCAAUGAGUAGGGAUCGACCAUCACCACACUACCCCAUCAAUGGAAUGAAUAUGGGCAUCCACCUCUUCAGAUGUUCACCAGCUUGGAACUCUCAGUCUCCGGAAGGUGGCUUCUGUCGUCCAUCUUUCAUGACCUACACUAAUGCUGCAUUACGAUUUCCAGUGACUUAUCCAUGUGGAACAACCAACGACCUUUCGAUUAUCCCAUCAACUCCUCCUGUGUGUGUGCAAGCCCCAGCAGAGAAAGGAUUUACUGCGUUCGCCAUUGAUUUCCUCAUGGGUGGAGUCUCUGCAGCUGUCUCUAAAACAGCUGCUGCUCCGAUUGAACGUGUCAAACUUUUGAUCCAGAACCAAGAUGAAAUGCUCAAGUCUGGUAGGCUGUCCGAACCAUACAAAGGGAUCGGUGACUGUUUCAAGAGAACCAUAAAGGAUGAAGGAUUUCUUUCUCUAUGGAGAGGGAACACUGCUAAUGUGAUCCGUUACUUCCCUACUCAGGCUUUAAAUUUUGCUUUCAAGGAUUACUUUAAGAGGCUUUUUAACUUCAAGAAAGAUAAAGACGGGUACUGGAAAUGGUUUGCCGGAAACCUGGCUUCCGGUGGCGCAGCUGGUGCUUCUUCCCUCCUCUUUGUUUACUCCUUGGAUUAUGCUCGAACUCGAUUAGCCAAUGAUGCCAAGGCUGCAAAAGGGGGAGGGGCAAGGCAGUUUAAUGGGCUGAUCGACGUCUAUAAGAAGACUUUAGCAUCUGAUGGCAUAGCAGGAUUAUACCGUGGAUUCAACAUAUCGUGUGUUGGAAUCAUCGUGUACCGUGGACUCUACUUCGGUAUGUACGAUUCUUUGAAGCCCGUCCUCCUCACAGGAAAACUGCAGGACAGUUUCUUCGCCAGCUUUGCCCUCGGUUGGCUAAUCACGAAUGGCGCAGGUCUAGCAUCCUAUCCCCUUGAUACGGUUCGCAGAAGGAUGAUGAUGACCUCUGGCGAGGCAGUGAAGUACAGAAACUCAUUCGAUGCAUUUUCUCAAAUCUUGAAGAACGAAGGCCCGAAAUCUCUGUUUAAAGGCGCUGGGGCGAACAUUCUCAGGGCUGUUGCCGGUGCCGGUGUUCUUGCCGGCUAUGAUAAGCUGCAGUUGAUCGUCUUCGGAAAGAAAUAUGGAUCCGGUGGAGGUUAGUCCAUUACACUCGUAUUUAAUUUGCAUUCGAUUAUAUAUGCGCGCCGUUUCAGUUUUGAAUAAUUUAUCGAUGGGGCGAGUUGUCUCCAAACCCGGCGUAUUAUUUGUUGCAUGCCAUUCUUGAUGUCGUAGACAAUGUGUCGCUAAAAAAUGUCGGAUCGCCGGGUAUUUUAUUCCUCGGCUUUAGUCAAUAAAUGAAGCUAGACAUUUGGUAUUAA